AUGGCAUCGAUGAAGUUUGAUCUACCGCUGCUGGAUUACAAGAUGAGAUUUGCACUGUGGCAAGUCAAUAUGCGGGCGAUUUUGGCACAAUCUUCGUAUCUUGAUGAGGCAUUGGAUGUGCUGCAGGAGAAAACUGCCACAGAACUUUGGCUUAAGCUGGAAUCGAUCUGCAUGUCCAAGGAUCUAACCAGUAAGAUGCACGUGAAGAUGAAGUUGUUCACGCACAAGCUACAAGAAGGUGGUUCGAUGAUGAACCACUUAUCGAUCUUUAAGGAGACCGUUGACGACCUAGUGUCGAUGGAGGUAAAAUAUGAUGAUGAAGAUUUAGCUCUUCUACUAUUAUGCUCACUGCCUAGUUCGUUUGUAAAUUUCCGAGAUACCAUACUAUUAAGCCAUGAUAAACUAACCCUUGCAGAAGUAUAUGAGGCCCUCCAGUGGAGGGAGGAGAUGAAAGGUAUGGUUCAGUCUGACGUGUCAUCCUCCAAGGGCGAAGUGUUGCAGGUUAGAGGCAGGCCCGAGCAGAAAACCUACAACAACAACAAUAAUCGAGACAAGAGCAAGAACGAUAAAGGCCGUUCAAAGUCCAGAGGCAGGGAUAAGUUCUGCAGGUAUUGUAAGAAAGAUACUCAUGUCAUUGAUGAUUGUUGGAAGCUACAGAAUAAGGAGAAAAGAAACGGUACAUAUAAAUCGAAAAACCAAUCCGAUGGUGAUGGUAAGGCCUUUGUUGUCUCUGCUGUUGAUAGUUCUGAUUCAGGAGACAUUCUUGUUGUUCUUGCUGGUUGUGUUGCUAGUCGUGAUGAAUGGAUAAUCCUGGUAAAGAACAUUGGAAGGUUGUUUAGUGGAUUUCCAGGUACCUUCGUGGCACAACAAAUGCCUGUUUGA